AUGACCGAAGAGAAGGCUCGAAUUUCUGGAGAGGUCUCCAGAUCACCAGAUGCUCCUGUCCUUCCUACAGUUAACCCUGCCGCCGAGAAAUCAGAGGCUCCAAAGUCUGCUGUACACCCAGCAUUUUAUGUCAUAACAUGGAUUUUCUUCAGUUCCAGUGUAAUUCUAUUCAAUAAAUGGAUUCUGUCGACGGUCGGAUUCCACUUCCCAAUUUUCCUCACAUCAUGGCAUCUCACAUUCGCGACGUUGAUGACCCAGAUUCUUGCACGAACGACCAAUCUUCUCGAUGGACGAAAGACGGUUAAGAUGACAGGACGUGUAUAUCUGAGAGCUAUUGUGCCAAUUGGAAUCUUCUUCAGUUUGAGUUUGAUCUGUGGAAACUUGACAUAUUUGUACCUCAGCGUUUCUUUCAUUCAGAUGCUUAAGGCUACCACUCCUGUCGCAGUUUUGAUCACUAGUUGGGUCCUUGGUGUUGCCGAGCCCAACAUGAAGACCCUCUUCAAUGUUUCCUUCAUUGUCAUCGGUGUCAUUAUCGCAUCCUUUGGAGAAAUAGACUUUGUUGUCAUCGGUGUUCUAUUUCAAAUCGGUGGCAUCAUUUUCGAGGCUAUUCGAAUUGUGAUGGUUCAAAGACUUCUCAGCUCCGCAGAGUUCAAAAUGGACCCAUUGGUAUCUCUCUACUAUUUCGCCCCAGUUUGCGCCAUCAUGAACUUCGUCAUCGCGCUUUUCUGGGAAAUUCCAACCAUGACCAUGGGCGACUUCUACAAUGUUGGAUUCUGGACUCUUUUGGCAAACGCCAUGUGCGCAUUCAUGUUGAACGUCUCCGUCGUAUUCUUGAUUGGCAAAACCUCCGUUCUUGUCUUUACCCUCUGCGGUGUUUUGAAGGAUAUUCUCCUCGUCUGCCUUUCCAUCAUCAUCUGGGGAACUUUCAUCACUCCUCUCCAAUGUUUCGGAUACAGCAUUGCUCUCGGGGGUAUGGUUUGGUUUAAGCUUGGCGCUGAAAAGAUUAAGGGUUAUCUUGCUGAAGGUGGACGCCAAUGGGCAGAUUUCGGUUCUCGUCGACCAAUCCUCCGCAAGGUCAUCGUCUUCGGUGGCAUUGUUUCGACCAUUAUCUUCCUCCUUGGUGGAUUCGCACCCUCAUACGGUGUUGACAUUCACGCCAGCGAAUAUAUCAAUGCAGCAAAGAAUGCCGUUGGAAGCACAUAA